AUGCUGCAAGGUGGUGAUUAUAAUGAGAGAUCACAGCUCCUUGGAAAUCCAGUGAGCAACAACGUGCCAUCACAUCCUUCAUAUGUGGAUGAUUCUGGAGCUGGUUAUGGGACAUCAUAUCCAAAGAGGAAGGCAGAUGAGCAGUCUGCUCUGGAGAGGAUCUUGAGAGAGACUGCUACGAAUAUCAUUGAUGUGUCUGCCUUGGAGACACACAGUGUGGAACAACAUGAGUAUCUUGAUCGAACCAAACAGUAUUCCCAUCGUUUGUCCAACCAAACCAACUUGAAAUCUUUCCCCAAAGUACGGCCUGCUCCAAGAGUCUUAUCAACCCUGGAAGAUAUUCCUGCUAUUGAGAAAAUUCUCUCUAUUGAACCCAUCUCUCAAGAUGAUCUUGCCAUGGAACCAAAUCUCCGCCUGGAGACUGAUAUUGAUCGUGGUGAUCUGCACAAUACGCUGAACAUGACAGUGCUCUGCAAACUCCUUUUAAGCCGCACUUACUCUCCACGGACACGUUCUGGUGAUAUAUCAUGCUUCUGGUAUAAGACUGUGCAGUGGUCACCACCCAUGACCUGUGAUGCAGAAUGUGUGCUUGCAACCUUAACUUAUGAUUUUCAGCUCCACUUGUGGAUGAGGAAUGGCAGUGAGUGGACAGUUAUGUGUGAUGUUUCAGCAGCAUGGGAAGAACAGUUGCAGAAAACAGAACUCUGGAACUCGUGCCUUGCACAAGGAGAUGAUAGAAAGGUACCAUCUGACAUCAGAGACUUUGAAGAAAUAGAAGUUCGAAGCUCAAUGCUAGCCUUUCAGUGCUUUUCUUGGAGUGACAGGGUGAAUCAGAAUGGGAAGGAGUUCUGUUUCCUCCUGGCUGGGAAUCGAAAGGCCUCUCCAAAUCAAACCCUCUUUGCAUAUGCUGAAAGGCUGGCUGUUGAUUUUGAUCACCUGACUGUUCGUGAACCAUGUCAGUUGUAUUUCAUGAUGUUUGGAGAUGCUAGAAUGACUCAUAAGCUCCUUGAGACUCCAAGUCAGGGGCUGGCAUCCUGUGGAGACAUUUUAGAGAACUUGCGACUUUGCUACUGUGCUGAAGGUGCAUCUACCAUAGACAUAGGUGAUGAGACCUUAGAGGAACUAGGUAUUCUUUCCCUGAAACUGAGAAGUUUAAGGGAAAUGUCCAGAAAGCAUAGAGAUUCUGGCCCAUCAGACUGCAAGGUCUACAUUGGAGAUUUAAGUUCUGGAGCAACAAAGGAAGAAAUUGAGGACUCCUUUGGUUAUUACGGGCCACUUAGGAAUGUGUGGGUGGCAAGAAAUCCUCCUGGAUUUGCCUUUGUGGAGUUUGAAGAUGCAAGGGAUGCUGAGGAUGCUGUAAGAGCCCUUGAUGGAAAGAGGAUUGCUGGUCGGAGAGUUCGAGUGGAAAUAUCAACAGGUCGUAGUCGAAGCCGAUUCCGAGGUCCUGCUCCCAGGCGUGGAAGACCAUUUGACCCCACUGAUCGAUGUUAUCGAUGUGGUCACAAGGGUCACUAUGCCUAUGACUGUGAGAGAUUCACAGGCAAGACAGCUUACAGUGAUGUUGCUGAUGCUCAAAAUGAUGUGCUUACAGGAGCAGAUCCCGCUCCCGUUCCCGUACCCCGCGCAGGAGCCGGUCUCGCUCUCGCAGCCGAAGUUAUACUCGAUCUCGCACCCACUCCCGCUCUCGAUCCCGAAGUUACUCUAGGAAUAGAUCUCGAUCCAGGUCUGGGUCACGGAGGUCUCGCUCUCGCUCUUACUCCAGAUCCCGUUCUCGCUCCCGUUCUGCGUCCCGUAGUCCACGUAGGAGCCGCAGCCACCCAAGAGAAAAUGGAGAGGCAGAUCAUUGAGAGCCCAGACCUCAUCCCUCCUGUGCAAACCAAGAGUUACAGGAUGGUUUCAGAAAAGCACCGCACAGCUGUUAGUUUUUUUUCUGACUGUAUUGUUGCAUUUUGUUUUCAGUUAGCAUUGUGUGGUGUCUGAUAAGAAUUCAAGUGCACCAGUCUCAAAGUACCUGUUUUCCUUGUGGGUUUGAUCCAUAGUAGCAAGAAACAACUUCCUUCUUGAGGUAUUAUCUUUGUGCUCAACAGUUGUUCAUCCUCCCCUUGUGUCUUUGCUAAUUUUUCUCUACCAGGACUCGUUUUGUAUAUAAUACUCUGAAGAUAAACUUUGGCUUUGCAGCUCCUGCUUCUUAUGCUGCUCUGACUCAAGUAUGGGCAUUAAUUUAGUUCAUUAAUUCAAAUGCAAUACAUGUUUUCCUUCAAUCCAGGGUACCUUUCCCUUCCUCUUCGGAGAUUUUCCUCAAUAAAGUCUCUUGCCACUCUUUCCCACCAAUAGAUCUCUUUAAUGUCUUACUCCUUACUGCAAAAGGGAAUUUCCCUUAAAAUUGUCUUUGGAGUUUCAAUGAAAG